AAGUAACAUCUGCUUGACUUUGGCAACCACUUUGGAAACUGUAAAAAAUCGUGGAGAAACUUUAUUUGGCGCGCUUAAUUCCCAAUGACACAGAAUUGCUUACUGUAUUUAUUUUUAGAGUAUUCCUUCACAGUGAUUUGAGCCCUUUCUCCUCCCAGAUUUUCACGUUUUAUGUUAUCGACAGCCUGAGCUUCGUCUUCCGCACUUUCUGAGAAUUAUAGGUGGGUGAUGUUUACGUCGUUGUCAAGUUGCAAAAAUAACAUCAUGACACAAUCAAAACUGAAAGUAGCCGCCGUUAAAAGGGAAAAAACCCGGGAAAGUACCUAAUUUAGGGGAUUCCCGGAAAUCGAAUCUACUCGCUUGUGAUUGGCCAAAAAGCAAAGGCGCCAUUCAAGAUUAUUGACAUCAGUCAUGUGAGGAAAAGUGACGUUUCCAGGGUCAAGUCUAGCCAAUCAGAAGCGUAGAAUUAGCGCGGGUUUCUCAGAAAACAGGGGUUUUCACCGAAAAAAACAAUUGAGGGCAGUGGUGUUUGGACCUUGUUUAUGAUAUUUCUGUGCAUGUAAUUCCGAGAAUGAACAGUCUGGGUGCAUAAAACGAAGCCAUACAACACGAUCGAAGUAUUCAGCGUUUGAGUUCCAAGGCGAGAAAAGGUUUUGCAAGCAUGUCCACAAACAUUUUGUUAGGCAAUCCGUUUCGCCCGAAAUGUCACCCGCAUGGUGAGCUUUCAGUGUCAAUGCUAAAAACAUGGCUGUCUUCCUAUGGCCAUCCAUCAACUACAGCUGGACCAAUCAUAGCAUCAACAAUCACAAUUGAAGCCAUUCAAGACCUGCUGCAUGCAAAUGGUUUCCCCAUUGAUGCUCCCGGCUAUGUAGACCUGUGUCCUGGACCAUUUGAAGAUACUCAAUUUGAUGCUGUUAUAGAUGUUGAGACAUCUGACGAUUGCAUGGAUGAUGAAGAACUCAAGUUCACAGACCUGGAUGCUUGUUCAGAAUAUGGUUAUGGUGGUUCAGACUUCUCAGAAGAUGAGAUCAACCUUUUCCAAGAUCUGCCACUGACUCCUGAUUCGCCAUUGUUAGAUGAUGCUGCCGACAUAGAUUUUGGAUUUGACUCAGGAAUUGAAGCUGAGAUGGAUGAACCUCAUGAUGGGACUGAAGGAAAGGAUGAAAAGAAAGAGAAAAGCAAGAGUUGUGAGGAGAAGAAAUCAGAAGAAUCAAACCAGGAAAGUCAGCACAGUGAGCAACAAAGUACACCAGUUUCAAACCCAGCUAAAAAAGACACCAAAGCAGAAGAUGAGGAGAAGAGAGAGACAGAAGAAAACAAUGAAAAGGAUGAAAAAAAUGAAGAUGAAGAAGACGAUGAUCUACCGCACUUUCACUGUCACUACCUAUGGGAGUUUCUUCACCAUAUUCUGUUAGAAAAACACAACAAGUACAUUGUGUGGAAAAACCAGUCCAAAGGAGUGUUUCGCCUCAUUGACCACAAUGGCUUGGCACGCCUGUGGGGUAGACAGAAAAACAGGAAAAACAUGACUUACGAGAAAUUGAGCCGUGCACUCAGAUACUACUACAGCAAAAACAUCCUGAAAAAGGUCCCAGGACAGAGAUUGACAUACAAGUUUGUUCGCAAUCUCAAUGGAAAGAAGUAUCCAUUGUGAACUGCAAGAAUUUUGGCUCCAUCAUGUCAAUUUUAACUCCUAGCUGUCUUCAAAAAUGGUGAAGGAAUGAUAUGGUGAAUAAUUUGACGUUCUGUUUUCAGAACAGGCCAUGCCUGAUAACAGGGCAUUAAGAAGUCAUAUAAGCCAUAUAAGUCAUGACUAUAAUCAGACUGCUGGAAUCAAUUUGUAGACAGGGUGAUAGAUAUUACAGAAUGGUAACGAUAAUGAUUAACUUGUAAGAACAGUAGUGUGUCUGACAGUUAGUCUGUACAUUUGGUAAGCAAACCUCCUAGAACUGACUUGGUAACUUAACCAUUUUUUACAUUUUACAGUCAGUUAUUUGAUAUCUGACUCAUACAGAGAAAAAUAUACUUCAUCACCCUAAUACUCCUGAUGGGGUUUCCUCCCAAGAGACCAACUGCAUUAUGCCAUGGCCCUAGGAGACUGCACCAUAGCGAAGUGAUGUAGACAACAUCCAAGUUUCAUUUGAUGGUGCAGGAAAAAUGUUGUCCAUGUUUUAUCCAGUUGCGUCACAAAACUUGUGUCCACAAGAAAAAAAUGACGUUGAUCAUUUCUGUGUGAGAAAUGUAGAACUAGGUGAAGUAGUACAUGCGUGAGUGGUCUUACAUUGUACAUGUAUCCACAAGGUUGUAAAUAUGUAAAAAUUCAAUAAAACAAUAAUUGUGUCAUUUCAGUCACU